AAUGUACUGUACAGCAGUAAGACAGUAAUAGUCAGUGUUCCCAGCAGUAAGACAGUAAUAGUCUGUGUUCCCAGCAGUAAGACAGUAAUAGUCUCUGUUCCCAGCAGUAAGACAGUAAUAGUCAGUGUUCCCAGCAGUAAGACAGUAAUAGUCUGUGUUCCCAGCAGUAAGACAGUAAUAGUCAGUGUUCCCAGCAGUAAGACAGUAAUAGUCAGUGUUCCCAGCAGUAAGACAGUAAUAGUCAGUGUUCCCAGCAGUAAGACAGUAAUAGUCAGUGUUCCCAGCAGUAAGACAGUAAUAGUCAGUGUUCCCAGCAGUAAGACAGUAAUAGUCAGUGUUCCCAGCAGUAAGACAGUAAUAGUCUGUGUUACCAGCAGUAAGACAGUAAUAGUCAGUGUUCCCAGCAGUAAGACAGUAAUAGUCUCUGUUCCCAGCAGUAAGACAGUAAUAGUCAGUGUUCCCAGCAGUAACACAGUAAUAGUCAGUGUUCCCAGCAGUAAGACAGUAAUAGUCUGUGUUCCCAGCAGUAAGACAGUAAUAGUCUCUGUUCCCAGCAGUAAGACAGUAAUAGUCAGUGUUCCCAGCAGUAAGACAGUAAUAGUCUGUGUUCCCAGCAGUAAGACAGUAAUAGUCAGUGUUCCCAGCAGUAAGACAGUAAUAGUCAGUGUUCCCAGCAGUAAGACAGUAAUAGUCAGUGUUCCCAGCAGUAAGACAGUAAUAGUCAGUGUUCCCAGCAGUAAGACAGUAAUAGUCAGUGUUCCCAGCAGUAAGACAGUAAUAGUCUCUGUUCCCAGCAGUAAGACAGUAAUAGUCAGUGUUCCCAGCAGUAAGACAGUAAUAGUCAGUGUUCCCAGCAGUAAGACAGUAAUAGUCAGUGUUCCCAGCUGUAAGACAGUAACAGUCAGUGUUCCCAGCAGUAAGACAGUAAUAGUCAGUGUUCCCAGCAGUAAGACAGUAAUAGUCUGUGUUCCCAGCAGUAAGACAGUAAUAGUCUGUGUUCCCAGCAGUAAGACAGUAAUAGUCUGUGUUCCCAGCAGUAAGACAGUAAUAGUCAGUGUUCCCAGCAGUAAGACAGUAAUAGUGUUGUUGUGUAUUAUAGGGACUGGGACAGUGUUGUUGUGUAUUAUAGGGUCUGGGACAGUGUUGUUGUGUAUCUUAGGGUCUGGGACGGUGUUGUUGUGUAUCUUAGGGACUGGGACAGUGUUGUUGUGUAUUUUAGGGACUGGGGCAGUGUUGUUGUGUAUCUUAGGGACUGGGACAGGGUUGUUGUGUAUCUUAGAGACAGUGUUGUUGUGUAUCUUAGAGACAAGACUGGGACAGUGUUGUUGUGUAUCUUAG